UCCGUUCGCCUGUGGCAAAGUGAAACAAGAGCAUAUCGGGGUCUUGGGAAAAAGGGCUGCUUUGCUAAGAUCAUGGAUCUCCUCAGCAGUUUGGAAAUCUACAUCCCUGCGGAGGCUGAGGUGAAAAACAUCCCUUUGUUGACCUUGCCAAAGUCUGUACUCAGAAGAAUGGGCCUCCCUCUACUGAAUGCCUCCAGGAAUCUUGCAGACUCUCCAGAAGGCAUAUGGAUUUCUCCAGCAGUUAUACGGAAGAAAGGCCAGAGACACACAGGAAGUGCAAUAGAUAACAUGACCUCCGUGCUGGGGAAAGAGUUGCGCGCUUCAAGGGGUCCUUUUCGAAUGUCUUUUGUUUCCUCGAACCGUGCAGCUCACGAGGUGCUGAAGGGCACCGUUCCCAAGGCACCUCUAUGUCAAACCUCUCAAUUCCCUUCAGACUCUGCCCCGCGAACCGGUCGAGAUGCUGUCGUCAUCUACCGUGGGCAAGUUUACUUGUCCAUCAGAAUGCCUAGUCGUAGCCAUAGUCAGCGUGGGAAACAGAUGACUUCUCAGCCUGUCACUCCUUCAACGUCCCACUUGUCUUCAAAGAAAAGGAAAAAGACGAUGCUAAGCGACAACAAGCCCAAGAAAAAGCACAACAUAUCUAAAGUAAUGCAUACAGAAAACAAGAAGGAUGACGCACACAGGACAAGAGAUGUUCACUUUCUGCCGAAACCCACUGAGAGUGAGUGUGAAGUGGGCAGCCAGUGUCCUGCAGAUUCUAGAGGAGAGCCGCUCUCAGAGGCCCCCCUGAAGGCAGCUUGCUUUCAGCCUCACAGGGAGCCAGAGGAGGAUCUGGCUGCCGAGGAAGCAGACGGCCCCGGUGAGAACAAUGACAGAGGUGGUAGUCUACAGAUGGACAUCAGGGAAGUUGACCAAAGUAGCAGGGGCAGGGUGGAGCCCCUGGGUGCAGCUGCCGCCUCCACAUCACUGCAGAUGGACUGUGACUUUAACGAGUUGGCACAGGAGGAGAAGAUCGCUCAAAUGAGAGCCAAACUUAGACAGAGCGAAGCUGCUCUAAACCUGCUUUCUUAAAGUGACCUCACAUUUGUUAGCCUUUUUGUACUGAAUGUUU